AUGGAAAUCGAGACGUACAUCCGGGACAAUGUGCCGUGGGCUCGACUGCCGGAGAAUGUUCAGGUUCUACUCGGCGCCUCAAAUCGCGAGUACGACAAGCUUGUGCUCGAGUACAGUGUCCGGAACCAAUUGCGCUAUAAAGGAAAUCUAGUUCGACAAGUGAAAAAGAGCGAAGAAAUGUACUACGAUAUUGUGAUGAAAUAUUCGGAGAGCCAUGUGAUGCUCUUCCCUUACCAUCUCUCCGAUAUCAUCGUCCGCGAGCUGCGCACGACCCCGUUCAGCUAUUACAUAAAUAUAUUUAUGGAGAUGCUGGCCGCAGAGAAAUCGUACGACUCGCUGCCGAAUUUCACGGCCGCAGAUGCAGUGCGGCUGUUGGGGAUUGGGCGCAAUCAAUAUAUUGAUAUUAUGAAUCAAAACAAAUCAAAUCGGCGCCUCUUCCGCCGCAAUAAGCCAAUUCGAGAGCUGUUGCCCCAGAAGCCAGUCAAUAUAAGCAUCGAGCCAUGGUGGCUCGUCUGCCCUGGGAGUAUUCUGGAGGCCGAUGUCAAGAGUUUACCGGCGUUGGAACGAGCCUUGGUAGAUCUACUGCUUGAUGAGGGCCCACAAAUCGCCGCCACCCAAGAUCUUGGCCUGAUCCAGCGACUUUUCAACGCGGGCCUCGUUUAUUUCGAUGUACCAGUCUCCGAAAAUGAUUACGUAUACGUUGCCCCUCUGGACGGUUUCGUGAUGAACCGCGUGCUGGGCGACUACUUCGAGACGUUGCUGUACAAGAUUUUUGUGGCCAUCGACGAUCAGACGACGGUGCACGAGAUCGCCGAAAUGCUGCACAUUGAUUUGCAACUGGUGAAGAACGCGAUAUCCCUCUUCUGUCGGCUUGGUUUUGCCAGGAAGCGGGUCACCGGGAUUGAAGGGAUCCGUAUGCAUUCGUCAUGGGCAACAAGGACAAUUUCCGGUGCGACGAUGACAGCUUCAAAUACACAGGACGACCUCUUGUCGUUGUCAACCGGAUUAGGCGAGCUGUCGGCGGCUUUAACGGGUGAAGAAGAGGAGGAUGAGGAUCGAGCCGUAUCCCCUCGCGAUUCUCAGUCACCGGCUACUAUGUCAGCCCCUCAAACUGCUGAAACGGCCUCCGGGGCCGGAAAGGUGGCUCUUGUUUUUGACUCGACGCUGACCGCCUUCCUGAUGAUGGGCAAUUUGAGCACAGCUUUGAAAGGCCAUGCCGUCACGCUCUUCGAGGUCGGCAAGCUUGGCGAUGACCAAUUGCGCGAUUUUAUGGACCUCCUUGAAAAGGUCAAUCGUUUCGCUGAAGGGGAGGCUGCACGGUAUUCGCUGCAUGCAACCGGACUCCUGGACUUGUUGAAAAAGCUGAAAGGCGCCGGGCAUGAGGUUGACAUGAUUCGUGGUGAGAGUCUGUUAUCGCUCGAUACCCAAAGUCGCACUCGGCUUCUGCACAAGGCUUAUUGCCUUGCGGUGGCGGUGGCUCCAUUAUCAGCUGAUGGAUGUACCCUGCCGCUUUCAUCUUUGCCGUUUCUCGGGCCUCCUAUUCCUGAGGUGUGUUCUGCCUGGUUCCGGCUUUCCAUCUACAACCUCUGCGGAUCGGGGCCAUCAUCGCUGUUUCUCCCGCGUGGAGAGCGGGUUUCCCGGCUUCCGCCUUGGUUGGCCAACACCUCGCACCUCCUGCUCUCCUCAUUCUCCCAUGAGCCCCAGGUGGUGACCGCCGGAUCGGCACUCUCCCUGAUCAAUGACCUGCUCACAACGACCCCGUUGUUUGUACAGGAAUGGUGGCACAAGACGUGGGAAGAUCAUCUGAUUCACGUCCCAUUUCCGUUUGAUGGCGAAAAGGAGAAUGACGCCUACACGUCACAUCCGUCGAUUAUCAAACUGCAGGAGCGGUUGAACUUGGACAGGAUGUGCGGCUACAUCACAUUGGUGCCAAAGAAAGAGCUGCCAAAAUCUGAGGAUGGCGCCGAGGCGAAGAGCCCCGAAUUGCUCGUAGUUGAUGUGAGCUUCGGGAUUCCGCUGUUCUCGGCGGAAUUGAAUGCGACCAUCUGUCGACGAGCGAUGACACAGGGAAUUAUGGUUGAGGAAAACCGAACAAAUAUCCAAUUUGCCAACAAAAACCUCGUGGACAUCACCUACGACACGAUCAAGGCACACAAUUGCGGGGUGGAGAGGGUGGCCUGGCAAGAAGGAGCCAGUCCGCGUGUAGAAGUCGUCCCCCCGCUUCGCCCGGUAUAUUUUGACCAAGGGAUUCUUCGGGCCGUCAACCAUCUUGAUCAAUUA